AUGGAUUUUCCGUUCAAUGGUGAAUUUUUGGCACAAGAACCAAAAGAGCUGGAAAAAAUUUCAUAUGAUCACUGCAGUACUUUGUGUUCGGAUCACUACGCAUGGCAUGAAUGUUGGUUUGACUGCUUAAGAAAAGGGUAUGAAGGUGCUGGGGUGUGUGCUUCUCCUUCUCCUAAUGUUCCUAAGAAAUGUUGUUGUCAAACUGAACCGUCAAACUUAUACCUUCAUUUCUAA